AUGGAUCAAAACCAAAGCAAGUAUCAGGUUUUGAGGGAAUAUUUCAACAAUAGACCGUUUUUGAAAAGAACUUUGCAGUUUGUUCUCUCAGUUUCUGUGUUUUCUGUUUUUGUUUGGUACUCUUCUGGCUUUUCCAUACACCCUCAGUCCUUCAAUGCCUACUUCUCCACGUGCCUUUUCUCCAUGUUCACUCACACCCUUGAGAGAAAAUACGUGUUCCUCAUUUGUAACGGAAUCCUUGCAUUUGUAGCCAAGAUGUCACUCAUGAACUCUUCAGAUUCGGACUUUGACCAACCUUCCGAUCUGUCAGAGACUAAAACAACAACAGUUUCUGACAUGGUAGUUGCUCCUCUGGUCGAAAGUUUUGCGUCCCCAGAGAAUGUUUGUCUGGUGGUUGAAGAACAACAUGGGCAAGAGGAAUACACUGAAGAAGUUUCAGAAGACGAAGACCAAGAACAAGACACCAAAACCGAAGGAAGAGAAAGUGAAGGUUACAUUACUGAAGAGGAGAUCAAAGAAGGAGAAUCAGAUAGCGAGGUUGAGAUGGCACUAGAUGAUGAACUUGCAGAAACAACUACUACAACAAACAAUGAAGAGUUAUUAAAUACAGAUGAACUGAACAGAAAGUUUGAAGAGUUCAUAAGGAAAAUGAAAGAAGAGAUAAGAAUUGAAGCUCAAAGACAGCUUAUUGCAGUUUAA